AUGCCUGGCAACGAAGUUGGAGAUAGGAUCCACAAUUUCUUUGGCCAGGAGACUUCUUCUCAGGUCCCACAACACUCGCAAAUUGCUGAUGCAGCAUGGCAUGGGAUGAUUGGGAAUCCAUGGGCUGGAGGUCAGGGACAGAUUGCCACACCCGUCAUAUCCGAUUUAAAAAAUCGCAGUUCACAGCAACCAGUGGCUGAUUAUGAGAGAAGAUAUGGUGGCCAGUCAUCACCUGUGCAGCGUGAUUUGAGCUUUCAACAAUCAAUCGAAAGGGCAGAGCAUGCCAGAAGUCAAUCCCAAGAUCAACAACCAACUAGAAAUGGCUUCUUUCAAGGUCAUCAGAGUUUCCAGACGAGGCAGAAUGAGACGAACUUUAUGGGAGUGGAUACAGAGCCUGAUCGGCAUAAUUUAACAUCAAAAGGUUUUUCUGCGUUUGAUUCCCAUCAAGGAAAUGGCCCUGACUUUCACAAACGAAAUUUAGUUAGGAUGGACUCUACUGAAUCUCCAGUUAAUUUUAAUUUUUUGGGGGGUCAGCAUCAGAUGAGUUCCCAGCAUCCUGGAACUGUGCAAUCUCUUCCUAGACAACCUUUGGGGGUCGGGGAUAUGCAGCUGCUGCAGCAGCAAUUGAUACUCAAGCAAAUGCAAGAAUUUCAGAGACAACGACAGCUUCAGAUGCAACAAAUGCAGCAACAAGAAUCAACAAGGCAACUUAAUAUUUCGAAUAACGUGUCCUCUCUCGGAAAACAUGAACUUUUUAGUCAGUCCCGAUCAAUGAUCAAUGGAAUUCCUAUACAGGAUGCAUCUGGCUAUGCAUUGCAGCCUGAGGUUAUGGCGGCUAACAUGAACUUGCAACAGCAUAGUAUGUCUCCGGACAUGCGAGGCUCAUCUAGCAGGCUUGGAUUUUCAUCGGAACAAAACCAAACUUUUCAGAUGAUGGGUAUGGUUCCGCAGCAAGUUGAUCAAUCUCUUUAUGGUAUCCCCAUCGCUGGAACAAGAGUUACUUCAAGUCAUUUUUCACCCAUCCAAGUGGAUAAGGCCCCUGUCCAGCAGAUGUCUAGCAAUAGUAAUUCCCUUAUGGAUAAUCAGUAUAUGGUUUCAUCAAAUCAGGCAAAUGUUCAAGAAGGAACUUUGGGGUCGAGACAAGGAUAUCAGGGGAGAAAUGUGAUCGAAAGAGUAGAUAGUCAAGGCUUUGGCACUGGAAUUAAUUUAGAACGCCUCCAGCAAGUGAAUUCCUGGCAGAGUAGCGUGCCAGCCCAGGAAUUCCUUAGGACGCAGGAUGGAUCUGGUUUAUCAGAAUCAUCACAGGAGAAGACCGUUGCUCACGCAGUGUCUUCUCAGAAUGCCGCUGCGCUAGAUCCAACUGAAGAGAGGAUUUUGUAUGGGUCAGAUGAUAAUUUGUGGGAUGCUUUUGGCAACAGUAAUCAUGUGGGUUCUGGAGGUUUGAAUACGGAGAGUACAGAUGCAUCAAGUGGUGCUUUGUCAUCUUUACAAAGUGGAACCUGGAGUGCUCUUAUGCAAUCCGCUGUAGCAGAAGCUUCUAGUGUGGAUGUUAGUGCACAAGAGGAAUGGAGUGGUCCAGAUGGCCAGGGUACAGAACUUCAAAAUGGAAAUCGGCAUAUCCGGACUGUAAAUGAUACUGGCAAACAACAAACAGCUUGGGCAGGUAACAGCUUCCAAACUGGCUCAAUCCUGAAUAAUCCCUUCCAUCGACCAGAUAAUAAUGCUACAAGUAUAAACAGUAAUGAAAUGCAAAGAGUUCAUUGUUCUGGGGUGAGCUCUCCACAUGAUGAAAGGGAACGGUCUCAGGUGGAUUCUUUUUGGAAAUUUUCUCAGCAGUUUGUAAAAGGUAAUACCAAAUGGCUUGAUGGGAGUCAUCAACUGAAAGCUGCUGCUGAAGUGAGCCGUAAUCUUGAAAAGGCUGUUCAUUCUCCUGAUGCAGAAUCAAGUGCAAAGAACUUAUCCCAUCCCUGUACCAAUCAGUCAGGCUCCCACCUGCACAAUCCAAGUGGCCAAUCAUUCAUUAAACAAAAUGGGUGGAACUUCAUUGAUCCAGCAUCAUCUAGUACAAGCUCAGCUUUGAAGAAUCAAGGUAAUCAAAAUCUGUUGCUACCUCCCUCUACAAAUGAUCAGAAGUGCUCAAUGGGAAAGAACAGUUGGAGAACUGACCCUGUUUCCAACUCAGCUGUCGGGAUAGUCCAUGCACAAUCUAGUACUGGCAGCCCCCCAGCCAACAUACCAGAUUCUAGCCACAACAGUACUCCAGUUUUUAGCAGUAUGAUGCUCAACCAAGAUAGCAGCCAAGAUAUACCUCCACAAGGUAACAAUCUUGAUGUCUGGAAACGUGUGGAUCCAGUGAUGAACUAUAAGAGACGUGAGAUUACUGGAAACCAUUCCCUCAAUAUGGAGGAGGCACAUGAAGCAUUUGAGUCAUCUGGACACAACAGUCUGGGCAAUGGUGCUGUCACCGCUAGUGAAUUAGAUCAUUUGGGUGUGAUACAGAACACAAUGAAUAGCUUGACCACAACAUUUCAUAAUGUCAACGCAAGGGAAACUAAUUGGAAAGAUACAAACAAUUCAGGUAUUCUUUUAGCUGGAAAUCAGAAGUUGUCCAGCCAUGCUGGUAAAAAGCCAUCUGUUCGUAAAUUUCAGUAUCAUCCUAUGGGAGAUGUAGAUGUUGAUUCUGACUCAUCACAUGCAACAACACCUGAUGCUCGUUCAGAGUCGAUCAUGCAGCGGAUUUCCGCUGGAUCAAGAGAUCAGGAAGAAGGGCACAUUGGACAAUCGGAAUUGACUAAUCUCUCUACAUCACUUGACAGAGGGGUCAAUAACUACACACCAAACAAGAAAAUGAUAGUGAGUCAAAACAUGCUGGAGCUGCUUCACAAGGUUGAUCACUCGAGCGAAACUGCAAACUCAACGUACUUCAGCUCUUCUAGCCAAAAUCCUUCUCCUGAAACUGAAACCCAUGACAGGACCUUGCGUCCUGAGCAGAAGAGAUCUUCUGUUUCUCAAGGAGAGAAGAGUCGAGCUGUGAUGGCUCCCAUGUCCUUGGUUCAGUCAUUCCCACCUGCACAUGAAACAUCACAAGGAGAAGUGAGGAACAAGGUUCCUAAUAUACUAGGACAAACCACUAGUAUUGACCAUGGAAGGAUUCCAGCUGCCUUUCCCCCUGGUUUUCCCAAUUCAAGGAGUAAUGCACAAGACUUGCAGAUGCGUGAGAUUGGCAAGGAGGUAAGUGCCAAUCAAUCUGUAAAUGAGUCAUUUGUUAAAUUUGUCUCACAGACAAAACAGUCAAAUGAGCCUGUAGAUGGAGCGGGAUCUAGUCAAUCAGGACUGGCUUUGGUGCCUGACACUUCCAGGGGCACAACAUGUAAUGACGUUGCUUCCUCUGUCGAGGUUACCCACCUCGACAACUUCCAAAAUAAUAGGGAUUCUGGUCAUCAGUUUCCUGUGCUGGAAGCUUCAUCUACUUCUCAGUCCUAUGCUGGAUCUGGCUUACAACAGGAUGGUGCUUCAAAAAAUUCUGCAACACUGAGGACCACUACAUCAAGCACACCCCUAUCUUUUGGUACUCUGCCUUUCCCGCUUUCGUCAAAUGCGUUCGAGUCCAAUAUUCAAUUAAGCAGCACUGCAGAAACCACUUCUUGGCCUAAAAAGUUGGAAUAUCAGAAUCCACAAGGAAGAGGUAGCAAUCCAUCUGCAUCCGGUGCAACUUCUGUGAAACAUGUAUUUGCUGGGACAGAGCAGCUGGAAAGAUAUCUCAGUCAGAGUCAGCUGUCUCUACCGGUUAAUGAUUUUACCAAGAAGAUGAUGAGUCCCUUGCCAGGGAAAGACUCUAUCAUAAAUCGUGUUAGUAACUUGUAUGCUUCAAGUGCUGUGAGCACUCAAAUGGAUAUUGCAGCUUUUGGACGCUCUUUGAGGCCCAAUGCUUCGCUGAGUCAAAAUUACUCAUUGCUGCAUCAAGUACAGGAUGUGAAGAAUAGGGAGGUAGAUCCAACUGGUAGGAGUUUGAAGAGAUUGAAAGGGUCGGAUGGUAGUGUUGACCCUCAGUUGGCCACUUCUGAGUGUGGGCAGCAGCUACUUGGACACGCUAACGCAGUCAGAGGUGCAUUACUAAACAGAGCUUCUAGUUCUCCCGAUGAUCCUAAAGCAGUUGGCCUUUCUGGGAGACAAACAGAUGAGCAUGGGCCAAAUCUACCUACUCAGGACAUGCAUGAGUUUGGAGGGACCAGUUCUAGAAACUUUGCGGACAGCAACGACGGGGUUUCUGGUAGAGGUGAACAUUCUCAGAUCAGUCCCCAGAUGGCUCCAUCAUGGUUUAAUCAGUAUGGCACCUUUAAGAAUGGACAUGUUUUAUCAACUUAUGAUGCUAGAAAAGUUGCUGCCAUGAAGCAUGCAGAAUUAGCUCUAAGUGGAAGCAGGUCUUCUAUUAGGCUGCCUAUUCCAGGUCCACUAGAGGCUGGAAGUACCAUUAGCGAUGAUGCAAGUCAGCAUGGUCUAGUUAGGAGAAGUUCUACUCCACUAGUUAGUGAGGAGUUUUCCUUUCCUCAAUUGUUACGGCCCGACUCUGUUGACAUGAGUUUGUUUGUGGUAAGACCAAAGAAGCGCAAGAGUGCCCCAUGUGAUCUUGUUCCAUGGCACAAGGAAUUGAUAAUGGUUCCACAUAGGCUCCGGAAUAUAAGUUUGGCAGAAGUGGAAUGGGCAAAGGCAGUUAGCCGUGUCACUGACAAGGUGGAAGAUGAUGUUGAAAUCAUAGAUGAUGGGCCGCCAGCCAUUAAAUCAAAGAAAAGAUUGAUAUUGACGACACAGCUUAUGCAGUUACUACUUCAUCCUCCUCCAUCUUGGGUAAUGUCUGCUGAUGCAAUUUCUCAAUAUGAGAUUGCUGCUCAUUUUGUUGCUCGGUCGACUCUGGGAGAUGUAUGUGGUUCACUCUCUGUCUUUGCCAGUGAUGCUUCCCCACCUUCCAACAGCAGCAACAUACUGCCUGAGAGGCUGAGAUAUUCUAAAAGUAAAAGUGAUCAAUACUUCUCCAAAGUUAUGGAAGAUAUCAUCGAGAGAACAAGAAAAGUGGAAAGUGACUUGCUGAGAUUGGAUAGGAGCAUCUCGAUCUUAGACUUGCGUGUAGAAUGUGAAGAUUUAGAGAAGUUCUCUGUCAUCAAUCGGUUCGCGAAGUUCCAUGGUCCAGGUCAAACAGCAGGUGGACAACUAGACACUUCAUCUGGCAGUACUUCUAAUGCACAAAAGGCCUUUCUCCAAAGAUAUGUUACUGCUCUUCCCUUCCCUAGGAAUAUCCCUGACAGGGUACAAUGUCUUUCACUUUGA